AUGGCAAAUUUAGUUGAUCAAGGGGUAUUUCCAUCUGGGAACUUUGACUUUACGGCACCGACAUCAUCUGAAGUUAUGCCACAAUCUACGUUUGUACAACCUCCGACAAGCCAAAUGCCGAAGGGAUAUAAUGAUGUCAAUAUGGCUGGUAUCAAUACACUGACUGACUAUGAUAUGUUGGGUAACUCAAAUCCACUCACUAAUAUGUUUACUUCUUCACCUGAAGACGACACAAAACCAUCUGUCACUCAAGAUGCAGUACCACAACAAGAUCUUUGGUCACUGUUGCCAGAUUCGACGUAUAACACACAAUCCGAAGACUGGACAAACUUCUUCCGCUUCACUCAACCGAUGUAA